CAUCGGAAGCAGGAAGUGAUCGGCUUGUUGUGAGUUGUCUCGGUGGUUCCCCAGUUCUUCUUCCUGGUGGCUCUAAUGGUGGGCUCCGCGGAUCCGGGUCGGUCCGGUCCGGGACUCUGGUCCUCGAUGCUGCUGCUGCUGGUGCUGGCGGCGCUGUGGGGUCCGGUGGUGUCGGUGUCGGAACCGGGGAAGUGGACGGUGAACGUGACCAGCGUGACCAGCGACCGUCAGAACUUUUUCCUCUUCACUAAAACUCUGUUCAACGGGAGCUUCAUCCACCUCACAGUUUUUAAAGAUGCGUGUAGCGCGUCGACUCCGGUGAAUCUGAGCGUCUCGUGGUAUCUGAGGAACUCUCACUGCUACGAUGAAGUCUUCGGCCUCGACGCUGAGCGUGCUGCAGAGUACUUCAAUUCGACCAAGGUGAAGCCGGGAAAAGGAAGCGGUUUCUACGUUUUCCACCAGUAUCCACCCAUCACCUGCCAGCAGCACAUGGAUCCUAAAGUGCUCAGUGUGAACACCUUCGAUGUGAAAACUCGACUGACUGAAGAUGCGGAGCAGCAAAAGACGGCCACUGAGAAAACUUCAGCGAGGAGAAGGAGAGACGCUUCGAAUCAAAAGCCUCCUGCAGGAGAGAAGGAAAAGACUGCACCAGAAAAAGCAGAAACUAAAACACCUAAAGAAGAACCGAAACCAGAACCUGCUAAAACACCUAAAGAAGAACCGAAACCAGAACCUGCUAAAACACCUAAAGAAGACACGAAACCAGAACCUGCUAAAGCAACUAAAGAAGAAAUUAAAACAAAAGCUGAGGAAACUAAAGAAGAGACUAAAGAUGAUAAGAAAGAGGCGGAUGCUCACUUCUACGCCGUGGCUCAGAGCUGGGAGGACGGACCCUACAUGUUCAUCCUCAGCAUCGAAGAGAUUAAAGACAAGAGCCGACCGACGCCCGAGGGCGCCAACCCAUGGAGUCUGCAGAUUCAGGUCAGCAUGGACGAGAAGAAUCAUCAGUUCAUCUCGGCCUCUGAGUGGCCUCUGAUGGUGUUCUACAUGGUGAUGUGCAUCGUCUACGUCCUGCUGGCCGUCCUCUGGCUGGUCCUGUCCGCCUGCUACUGGAGGGAUCUGCUCCGGAUCCAGUUCUGGAUCGGAGGCGUCAUCUUCCUGGGGAUGAUCGAGAAGGCCGUCUACUACGCCGAGUUCCAGAGCAUCAGAUACGACGGCCAGUCGGUCAAGGGGGCGGUGGUGUUCGCUGAGGUGCUGUCGGCCGUGAAGAGGACUCUGGCCAGAGUGUUGGUGAUCAUCGCCAGUCUGGGAUACGGAAUCGUCAAACCCAGACUGGGAGCUCUGCUGCACCGAGUAGUCGGAGUCGGGCUGCUCUACCUGAUCUUCUCCAUCGUGGAGGGAAUCCUCCGAGUCAACGCCGAUCGAGGCGAUAACACCAGCAGCAGGUUUCUGUGUGACGUCAUUCUGGCCUUCACUGACUCCUGUGUUGUCUGGUGGAUCUUUGUGAGUCUGGCCCAGACGAUGAAGCUGCUGAGGCUGAGGAGGAACGUGGUGAAGCUGACGCUCUACAGACACUUCACCAACACCCUCAUCUUCGCCGUCAUCGCUUCGGUCAUCUUCAUCAUCUGGACCACGAAGACCUUCAGGAUGUCCAAGUGUCAGUCGGACUGGAGGGAGCUGUGGAUCGACGACGCUUUCUGGCGCUUCCUGUUCUCCACCAUCCUAUUGGUCAUCAUGUUCCUAUGGCGACCGUCGGCCAGUAACCAGAGAUACGCCUUCAGUCCUCUGGUGGACGAGGAGAGCGAAGAUGAGGAGAAGGAGCCGAUGAUGAACGAAGCUUUCGAGGGGAUGAAGAUGAGGGGGGCGAAGAACGAGACCAACGGUACAGUGAAGCCCAACAGGGUGGAUGAGGAUCUGAAAUGGGUGGAGGAGAACAUCCCAUCCUCUAUGGCAGACGUCGCCCUGCCGCCCCUCCUGGACUCAGACGAGGAAACCAUGACGACCAAGUUUGAGAUGUCCAAGAUGGAGUAGAGAAUGUGAUCUUGAUGUGGUUACAGAGGAAGUGAUGGAUGAAGGAGGGAACGCAGAGGAGAGGUUUUGUGAUUUAAUCCGUGAAUUUCUGAGCUUUGUAAGCCUUGAUUGUACAGAAACGGGAGCAGAAGGAUCACAGCGGCUCCCUGCUCCUUUUGGUUUUAUUUUUAUGGCCUGUUUGUAUUUAUAUGUCUCUGCAUAUAUGAAUCUAUAAAUCUCUGCAGUAUAUUUUGACAGGUUGGACUCGUUUGCCUUCUCACCGUUUACAUGCAGAGGAGCUUUUUUCAAUCAUUUUUUAAAAAAAAAUUUGUGUUUUCUGUCGGAAGUUCUUCGUCCUGUAAAAACCAAAGUUGUGAAUCAGGAGGUAAAAUGUGAACCGAGUGUUAUGAGGUGUUUUUCCAGAUUAUUCCGGUGCAGUUCGAACGUUCAGUCAUAAAUUCUGGGUGUAAACUUCCAGAUGUUUCUCACAAACUUCCCGUCCUUUAGUUUGGUGACUUUUUGGAGUAAAAAAAUCCAGAGUUGACCAAACUUCUGAUGCGUUUUCUUCACUUUUACCAGUUUUUCUUGGUUUUUUUUCUUGCCUGAAGCGUCUCUUAAGCUCGAAAACAUUCACAGAAACAACCCGAUAAUCCAUCUUCUGUUUCCACUGAUGGGCAGCUUCUGCAUUUUUGACUUUUGCUGCAGCAUCAAAUGACAUAAAAUGAGAGAAAAGAGGCACCAAGUGAGAAAAAUUGACACAUAGGGACACAAAACUAGAAAAACAAAACAACUGACAUAAAAUGAGAAAAUGGAAUGAGAAAAAUGAGACAUGAGAAAAAGGAGACAGAACAUGCCACAAAAUAAGAAAAACUAAAUUUAGAAUGACACAAAAUGAGAAAAGCGAGACGACGUCUGCAUUUUUGACUUGCUGCGAUAUCAAAUGAGAAAAAAAUGACAAAAUGAGAGAAAUGAGACAAAACUUUAAAAUCAAGACAAGUAAUGACAAAAUGAUAAAAAUUAUAAUACAAAAUUAUAUUAAGUGCGAAAAAUGAGACACGAUAAGACAAAUUAGACACAAAAUAACACAAAAAAGAAAACACAAAACAAGAAAAACGAGACUCAAAGUGGUAUAAAAAGAGAAAAACGAGACAACUUCAUUUUUGACUUGCUGCAGCAUCUCAACAGCUAAUAAAUAGAAUUUACUGUGGAUGUGGACAUGUAAGAAGCUCGAAUCAGAGAAUUUCUACUUAAAAAUCACUCAUACGAUGAAAAUAGAACAGAACAAGAAAAAUGUUGACUGACUAAUAUUGAAACUAAAUGUUAACGGGUUUGAAAGAUGUUUUAUCGUUAAAAUGUCACCAAAAUGACAUCAGAUUUUCACCUUUCCAGCAGUCCCUGAAUGCAGCAUGUGUGGAGAAUAGUCUGACGUGAGCUGAAAAUUAAAAGAAUUCAUCAAAGUCACUUUAUUCUGCUUGUGCCAUUCAUUCAUUUGCCCAAAAAAUCAAGUGUUUGCACUAAAAAGAUAAAACUUCAGAGUUUUAGGUUGAACUGCACGCAGUGUUUCCACAGGAUGUCGUUAGUUUUUCAAAAUAAAGGUCUAAAUUACCCCAUCUACCAACCAGGAGCUGCAGAAACACAAUGUUUCGUGUAACUUUUAAAGAAAAAAGUUUCAGGUUUUUGUCUUUAACAACUGAAAUAAACUGAAACUAAUUUAAUGUGAGGAAAAAACCUGCUGGAAGUGAAAAACAAAGAAAUGUUGGGAAAUAUUUGAUUUAAGAUGCUCAAAUUUCACAGGUAUCUUUAUAAAUAUUUACAUGGUCUAAAAUCAGAUGUUGAGGAGAAAUCGUUCUAAUGAAUCUGAGAUGUUUAAAGAAGAAUCGUCAGUUUUCUGUUUGUGUGUUUAAAAGUCGUGUUGUUGGUUUGAAGUCUCACUUCUGUUGAACACCGUCGCUGCUGCUGCUGCUUGGUUUGUAAAUACACCAGUUGAUAAUAAAAACCUGGAAAGUCAA